GGGGAGAGAGAGAGAGAGGGACAGAGACAUGCAGCAAAGGGCCACAGGCUGGAGUCAAACCUGGGCCGCUGCAGCAACAGCCUUGUACAUGGGGCGCCUGCUCUACCACCAAACCACCAACGCCCCAUGUAUUGAUAUUCGGAUUGUGAAUUCAUUAUUUAAUAACCCAGAAUAUGAUUAUAGUGUCUUUGAACACUGGAAAUAAUUUAUUAAGCCAAAUGUUUCAGGGAAAAUUUAAAUUGUGUAACUCAUCAACCCGACACUCGAACGAUCAGCCUCAGGUGUGACCGAAUGGAAAUGAUAGUCAGUGAUGUAAGAAGUGUUUCUUGCUGACAGACAGACUCUCUGACUUUGAACUUCUGACUUUAUAUCCAUAAUAAAAGCUGAUGAGGGAAAUCGUGAAGAGAACAAUCUUUCUAAUCUUUCUAAUCUUUCUAGUCCUCUCAGGCCUCCAGCAGGGCUCAGCAGUGUGAUAUCCUGAAAAUUCAAACAGACCCUCUGGUCCCCUUUUCUAAAAAGGGGAACCACCACCCCAGUCUGCCACUCCACAGGUGCUAUACCUGACCUUCAAGCAACACUGACAAGGUGUGUCAGCCAAGACAGCCCAACAAUGUCCAGAACCUUCAGCUUCUCAGGGCGAAUCUUGUCCACACCUGAUGCCUUGCUGCCAAGGAGCUUUUUGACUACCUCAGCAACCUCUGUCAGGGAUAUGGACAAGGGUUCCCCUGAGUCUUCAUACUCUGCCUCCUCCAUGGAGGUUGUGAUGGAGGGUCAGGAGUUCCUAAAAGCAUUCUUUCCACUGCUCAACAAUAUCCCCAGUCCUGGUCAGCAGUUCGCCUCCCCUGCUGAAGAUAGCCUGAGACAAGCCCUGCUUUCUCUUCCUGAGGCAUCUAACGGUUUGCCAGAACUUCUUUGAGGCCAAAUAAAAGUCCUUCUCCAUAGCCUCCCUGAACUUCGCCCACACCCGGGAUUUUGUUUUAGCAGCCACCACAGCUGCAGUCCAUCUGGCCAAUUGAUACUUGUCUGAUUGUUUUUUGAACAUGAUAUCCAGUUGUCACAGCAUGUCUCUAUAACUGAUAGACUGUAUAUAAUAAUGGAGGUUGCUACCGUGACAUCACCUAUUGGUUUGUGGACUGCUGUUUUGAAGCCGCCAUCUGGGCUUUUUGGAGUUAAGAAGUGACCAUAUUUGGAUGAGAGGGUGGAGCUGUUGAGGAGCUAGGGGUGGAUCUAACUCGCAGAGUGUUGCAGUACCUCGCAGACAGCCUGUCACUCAAAAGCUGUGCCCUUAAUUAUGCGUAACUUCGGGCCUCAAUAAAAUAACUGCCCACUUUCCCUGCUGGAGCCUUUGCUGUCCUGGCUGUUGUCUUUGCUGCGGGUCUAGCAGUAUAUUUUUGGUACACCACCAUUCCAGGUAUGUUGUAUGUUGUCACCUGUUACCUCUGAAAGCUUCUAGUACAGUUUGUGUGUUUGUAUGCAGCUGUUUCUUGUCUUCUCAGUCUCCCAGGUGGAGGUGGAAGAGGGGGUGUGGCUUGUCAAGCUUCCUUGCAAAACCAAAGUCCAGCUGCCUGAUUACACUGUAGUGGAGUGGAGCCGCUGUGCCCCCAAGCCCAUGAUGAUCCACAAUUAUCAGAAUGGCAGUGACCUGCUUGUCGGGCAGGACGAGUUUUACUGCAACCGCACAAAGAUGGAGAAAGAGCCACUGAAAACUGGAGACCUCAGUCUGACCCUGAGGGAACCCUGGGGUAGAGACAGUGCCACCUACAUCUGCACCGUCCACUGUGCCACAAAAGUCUGGAUGCAGAAGGUCGUACACCUCACUGUCAAACCUGUCAUUAAGGAAGUGGAGGUCAGGCAGUGUGCUAAAUCUGUCACACUGCCAUUCAGGACUUGUGUUAAGCUGCCUGGAGAUGCAACAGUGGAGUGGUGUCGUAUGGACACUGGCACACUCGUUGCAGUCAAUUUGAACCAGCCUGGGAAGAAGAAAAACUCUUACAGGGGCCAUCUGAAUAAAAACCUGCUGCAAACUGGAGAUCUCAGUCUGACCCUGAUUAAACCCACUCAGGCAGACAGCUCCAUGUACUUCUGCACUGUCUGCGGGUACAGAGACGUCCUAUUGCAGAGAUUCGUACAUCUCAAUGUCCAAGGGAGAGGAUUUUAAAGAAGAACGGGCCAAAGAUGAAACAGACAUCACAGUGAACAUGCAGUUGAUGAGCAGCUCCACUGAACCAGUGUAGUGUUCACUGGUUAAUGUGUCUCACUUGUCUGUUGUUAAAGCUUUGAUGGAUCAUCGCUGGAUUCAGCAGGGGUGCUCUGGGUUUUUUUCUUAAUCAGGGUGUCUGUUGUGUAAAAUAACUAAAGAGGGAUUGUUUUGAGUGUUUUUGAAUUCCCAGUUUUUGAGUUCAUGUGCUUAAUGUUGUGUUCACACCGAACGCCAUGCUGAUUUUUACCUUGCAUGAUUAUAAAGUUGCUGGAGUGUUGGGAGUAUUACACACUUUGCGAAUAUUCGUCCUUAACCGCUGUCCUAACGGCUGUGCUAACUAACUGGGGAAGGCAGUUAACAGCUAACGUUCACUUGGUUCAUAGUGUAUUACAAGGAAUUAAAAAAGCUGAAAAUGUCAACCUGAGCAAAUAUUGCAAAUUUCGCACGUUUGUGUCAUUGUGUUGCCUGGCUGUCUGGUCUUUGCAUUAACUUUGUAUGCUUUCUCACUCCCGUGUAAACCCAACAUAAGUUACUGACUUAAACACACUUUAACAGUUUAUUGACGUGAGCAGUGUCGGUUCAAGGUACGUAAAAAAUAUAUAAUCCAUUACUGAAGACAUUUAAUCAAGUACUGUUCUUAAGUACAAAUUUGAGGUACUUGCUUUUCAACUUUGUGUGAUUUACAAAUGUGUUUAUUCUCAUCAGCUCUUGUUCUUGUUUUAUUUACAUACUUUCACUUAAGGAAUAUUUUUAAUGCAGGACUUUAAUUGUGGUAUUUGUACUUUUACUGCAGUAAAGGCUCUAAAUACCUCCUCCA